AUGGCCCUUUCUUCCGCUAUCAAGUCAUUGACCCAGGCUGCUUUUCCUAAGAGACAAGCUACCCCUGCUCUUGCUACCCAGGUCACAGCUACACUCGACGCUGUCGACAGUGACCGGGAAGUCGAUCCUACCAGUGACGCUGCCCUAUCACUUUCCUCGUCGUUUCCCUCAUUCGCUAGUUUCAAAGACCAGCGCGCCUUCGAACACGAACGCCAAUGUGCCAAACGUACAGAAGAAUAUGCUAGGUCACAGGAAGCGAAGGCUUCCAAAGGUCUGUCUAAGUGGCGUCCUGCAUCACCUGUGCAUCAGAGGAGGACUACCAACGCGAGGAAGGUUAGACCUGUAGGCCUCGGCGGUUCGGAAGAUGAAGUGAACACGCUAAAUGUGUUGGAACGAGUCAGAAGCGCAGGCACAAGGCAGGAGUCGAGCCCUAUUCAGAAUUCUGAGGUGAAACUCGCAGACUUAAUCAAGCCAGUCUCUGUACGCAAAGCUCGGAAGAACAAGGAAGCUGACUUUGAAUUGAUUCCUGCGGUGCGGCCCGUUAUUGUUCUCGACGAGCUCGCUUUCAUGCACGACGCGCCUGCUCCCCGCGAUUUGGAGCAAGAAUGGCAACAUGUCUAUCACAGCGAUGGUGAUGAAUCCGACGCGUCACUCUCUAUAUCCACUCCUAGCUACGCUAAUGUCGUUCUUGGCGGCCUGAACUGA